CUACUACUAGAGAGAGAAAGAGAGAGAACUAGGCAGAAAGCAUGUGCACUAUGCAUCAUUCAAAUAUAUGCUAGAGAUACUAACAAGCUAUCUACACGCGAGGCGUAUUAUUGUAGCGCUCAUAUCGUUCAGUGGUCUCGUAGACCCUCUUUAGACUUUUGACGAUGUAUUUCCACACCAUCUGUAUGACACUAUUCGCCAGCUUAGUCUGUGCAGUUUCCGUGAGUCCGGCUGAAGACCUCGGACGUGCGAUAAAAGACAACUCGGAUGGAAUAUUGGUACUUAGUGCAGGCCAGUAUACCAUCGAUCCAAUUACUUUGACAAACGAUUUGUCUAUAGUAGGUGAUGAAGCAGGUGGGACAGUACUGAGAAUAGAUGCAGCCUCGGCAAAUCCGUUCACAUAUGCUUCUGAGCUCCGAAUACAAUUUGCAAAUAUUACACUGAAAACAACAGAUUCAUCAUGCUCAAUUCUAAACCCCCACGAAGACCAUGUACUCGAUGCGAGUAUCGCACAUCAUAGUAUACAAGAUGGGACGAUAACUAUGAUUAUAGAUCUAGGACCGUGGUUUGGCACGCGUCUACUAGAAGACAUUUUGAUCAAUGAAUGUUCGCUUAUUCAUCAGCUUAAAGUAGGGGGAAACACACCUAUAUUACAUCUCACGUCCCAUUGUCACGUACAAUUGGUGGCCACUGUAGACCUUAAAUCACUUUCCAACUGUGGUGUAUCGUCAGAAAGUACAGACGAAGGUAUUGUGUAUCACCUUGGGCUACAUAACUAUGUGUCGGAAAUCUACGGCAGCUUCCCGCGAAUCAUUGAUGCGACCACAUACAUCACCGCACAGACCAAUGCUGUGGAGCAUACACAGUUGACAUUGAGUUCUACGGCAUUCGGUGAGAAAACGCUCGAAUGCACUAUUGAAGAACGGAUCCAAGCCUACAGGAGUAAUGAAAUAUCAACCAAAAGAAGAACAGACAUUGAACUAGCUUGCAAAGUAGUGGGAGCUAAAGCAUAUAUAAUCGAGAGUGGGGGUGGUGAUAUACUUCGCGACAGUAAAUUGUACUCCCCAACAGUUAAUGAUAACCCGGUCCAUGGACGAUUGAGAGUGUUGCAAGCGGGAUCGACGAAUAGAACGGGUUCUAUACAGACGUCAUUGAUUCAUGCGUCUGCUGGAGAUGCACUGGCUGGUGUGCCUGUCCAGCUAGUAGACAAAGAAAGCAUCAUUGUCGACACUGUCAUCACCAAUGAAAAGGGAAACGUGCUGUUCGAAGAUGGUCUAGCAUUGCAUACAUGGAUCAUCUGA